CGACUCUGCUGACUGCUGCUGCUCCCACAAAAUUGAAAAUCCCCAAGCCGCCGCCACCGCCUCCUCGCCUUGGCGCAACCCAAAUGUGACGCGCCGCCACCCGGCCACCCGCCACGAUGGAGGCCGCAUCCUCCGCCCUCCCGUGGUGGCUCGCCACCGCCGGCUGCUCCCCGCCGCCGGCACACGGCGCGUCCUCCGUCCCGGGCCGCCUCGCCUUCCUUUUCCUCUCCCCGUGCCCGCAGCGCUCGCUCGCCGCCGCCGUCGACCUCCUCUUCCUCCUCGCGGCGCUCGCGCUCGCACUCCGCGCCCGCCUCUCCCGCCGCGCCGCCCGGCACGACGGCCGCGCGCGGGAGCCCCUCCUCGCCAAGUCCGCCGACCAGGCGCCGCCUCCCGUUCGCCGCGGGAGGAGCUUCCGGCACGGGCUCGCGCUCGCGGCAUCCGCGGUCCAGGCGGCGGGCGCCAUCAUGCUGCUCGUCCUCGCGCUCCUGCGCCUCCGGGGGAGGGCGGCGUUGCUCGCCGUCGACUGCGCCUUCCUCGCCGCGCACGCCGUCGCGCACCUCGCGGCCACGGGGGUCGUCGCCGCAGAGAAGAACCAGGCGGCGGAACCCGCGCGCGUGGCCCACCACUCGGUCCACCUCAGGCUCUUCUGGCUCGGCACCGCGGCUUUCGCCGCGCUCUUCUCCGGGUGCGCUGCCGCCAGGUACGCCGGCGGGGACGCGCUCCUCCCAGACGACCCGCUCGCGUUCGCGUGGCUGGCGCUCUCGCUCCCGCUACUGUAUUUCUCGGUUACCGGCUCCACCGGCCUUGCUGCCGUCGACGCUGCCGCCAAUGGGGUUUCUUCCGACGGUGGCCAUGGCGUCGCGGCUGAGGUGACGUACGCCACGGCGUCGUGGCUCUCGCUCGCCACGUUCGGGUGGAUCAAUCCGCUCAUCACCAAGGGCUCCAGGGCCACGCUCGCUGCCGACCAAGUCCCGCCGGUGGCGCCGGCUGACACCGCCGAGGCGGCGUACUUGCUGUUCGCCUCCAACUGGCCCGCGCCGGCGCCGGGGGCGUCCAAGCCCGAGCGCCCGGUGCUCACCGCGCUGCUGCGCUCCUUCUGGCCACAGUUCCUUCUCACCGCCGUGCUUGGCUUGUCGCACCUCUCCGUCAUGUACAUCGGCCCCUCCCUCGUGGACAGGUUCGUCGAGUUCGUGCGCCGCGGCGGGGAGGUCACGGAGGGGCUGCAGCUGGUCGCCGUCCUGCUUGUCGGCAAGGCGGCGGAGACGUUGGCAUCGCACCACUACGAGUUCCAGGGGCAGAAACUGGGGAUGCGCAUCAACGCCGCACUGCUCGCCGCCGUGUACCGCAAGUCACUGCGGCUGUCCACGGGCGCGCGCCGCGCGCACGGCACCGGUACGAUCGUCAACUACAUGGAGGUGGACGCCCAAGAGGUGGCCAACGUCACACACCAGCUCCACAAUCUGUGGCUGAUGCCACUCCAGAUCGCCGUGGCGCUAGCGCUGCUCUACACCCACCUAGGGCCCGCAGUGCUCACCGCCGUCGCUGCCGUCGCUGUGGUCACUGUGGCUGUGGCCUUCGCCAACAAGCUCAACAUCGAGUACCAGUUCAAGUUCCUCGGCAAGCGCGACGAGCGCAUGAAGGCCAUCACCGAGCUGCUCAAUUACAUCCGCGUGAUCAAGCUGCAGGCGUGGGAGGAGACAUUCGGGGCCAAGAUCCGUGAGCUUCGGGAGGAAGAGAUGGGAUGGCUGGCCAAGUCCAUGUACUUCAUGUGUGCUAACACCAUCGUGCUUUGGAGCGGCCCGCUCACCAUGACCGUCCUCGUGUUCGGCACAUGCGUCCUGACUGGCGUCGAGCUCAACGCGGGAAAGGUCUUCACGGCGACCGCGUUCUUUAGAAUGCUCGACGGACCUAUGCAGAGUUUCCCUGAGGCGAUUGCUGCUGUGACGCAGGCAACCGUGUCUGUUGGCAGGCUUGACAGAUACCUGCUUGAUGCCGUGCUUGAUGACUCGGCUGUGGAGCAUGUGGAGGACACUGACAUUGGUACCGGUUCAGUGGUGGUGGAGGUGCGUGAUGGCAUUUUUGCUUGGGACAUGAGGGGAAAUAAGAAGAAUGAAGAAGGUGAGGACCGUGAUGAGGAUGGUGAAAGUGAUGAAAAGAAUGAUGUUGAGGCAGCACCGGUGUUGGAGACUGUGUUGAAGGGGAUCAAUAUGGAGGUAAGGAGGGGUGACCUUGCAGCGGUGGUUGGGACAGUUGGGUCGGGCAAGUCAUCGCUGCUUUCUUGCAUUAUGGGGGAGAUGGAGAAGAUCUCUGGCACGGUUAGGGUGUGUGGGAGCACUGCAUAUGUUGCACAGACUGCUUGGAUCCAAAAUGGGACCAUUCAAGAGAAUGUCUUAUUUGGACAACCAAUGCAUGCUGAAAGAUACAAACAGGUUAUACGGUCUUGCUGCCUGGAAAAAGAUUUGGAAAUGAUGGAAUUUGGGGACCAGACUGAAAUAGGAGAGCGAGGGAUCAAUCUCAGUGGUGGGCAGAAACAACGUAUUCAGCUCGCCCGAGCAGUUUAUCAAAAUUGUGAUAUAUAUCUUCUUGAUGAUGUCUUCAGUGCUGUUGAUGCACAAACUGGUUCAAAUAUCUUUAAGGAUUGUCUAAGGGGAACGCUUAAAGGAAAGGCUAUCAUACUUGUUACACACCAAGUCGAUUUCUUGCAUAAUGUGGACAACAUCUUUGUCGUUAGAGAUGGUAUGAUUGCACAGUCAGGAAAGUAUGAUGAACUACUAGAAGCCGGCUCAGAUUUUGCGGCUCUUGUUGCAGCUCAUGAAAGUUCAAUGGAGCUGGUGGAGCAAAGUCAUCAAGUAGAGAAAGCUGAACGUUCUCAGCCUGCUGCAGUAGGUAGAAUCCCUUCUUUACGCUCCAGAUCCAUUGGAAAAGGUGAGAAGGUGCUUGUUGCACCAGAAAUAGAAGCAGCCACUUCCAAAAUUAUACAAGAAGAGGAAAGGGAGAGCGGUCAAGUAAGUUGGCGAGUGUACAAGCUAUACAUGACAGAGGCUUGGGGCUGGUGGGGGGUUGUGGGCAUGCUUGCGUUCGCAGUUGUUUGGCAAGGUUCUGAUAUGGCCAGUGACUAUUGGCUAUCAUACGAAACAUCAGGCAGCAUUCCAUUUAACCCAUCCUUGUUCAUUGGAGUGUAUGUGGCCAUAGCAGUUUUUUCGAUGGUCCUUCAAGUAAUCAAGACUCUUCUUGAGACAGUUUUGGGACUUCGAACAGCUCAGAUAUUUUUCAAGAAGAUGUUUGACAGCAUUCUGCAUGCCCCUAUGUCAUUUUUCGAUACAACUCCUUCAGGAAGGAUUCUCAGUCGGGCAUCAUCUGAUCAAACAACUAUUGAUGUUGUGCUCGCAUUUUUCGUCGGUCUGACAAUUUCAAUGUACAUUUCAGUUUUGAGCACCAUAAUUGUUACUUGUCAGGUUGCCUGGCCAUCAGUUAUAGCAGUAAUUCCGCUCCUACUAUUGAACAUUUGGUACAGGAAUCGCUAUCUUGCAACCUCUCGGGAGUUGACUCGACUUGAAGGAGUAACAAAGGCACCAGUUAUUGAUCACUUCUCGGAGACUGUUCUUGGUGCUACAACCAUAAGAUGUUUCAAAAAGGAGAAAGACUUUUUCCAGGAAAAUUUAGACAAAAUUAAUUCAAGUUUGCGCAUGUACUUCCACAACUACGCUGCAAAUGAAUGGCUUGGGUUUAGACUGGAGCUGAUUGGAACACUUGUAUUGUCAAUAACGGCAUUUCUCAUGAUCAGUCUGCCCAGUAAUUUUAUCAAAAAAGAAUUUGUUGGUAUGUCCCUUUCAUAUGGCCUCUCCCUCAAUUCUCUGGUAUACUUUGCAAUAUCCAUUAGCUGCAUGCUGGAAAAUGAUAUGGUUGCUGUGGAGAGGGUAAAUCAGUUCAGCACUCUCCCUUCUGAGGCAGCAUGGAAAAUAGAAGAGCAUCUUCCUUCUCCGAAUUGGCCCACACAUGGAGAUAUUGAUAUUAAGGAUCUAAAGGUUAGGUACCGACCCAAUACACCUUUGAUUCUGAAAGGAAUUAAUAUAAGCAUCAGUGGUGGAGAAAAGAUAGGAGUUGUAGGAAGGACUGGUAGUGGCAAGUCAACUUUGGUCCAAGCAUUAUUCAGGCUCGUCGAGCCAGCAGAGGGGAAAAUGAUCAUUGAUGGAAUAGACAUAUGCACACUGGGUCUCCAUGAUCUGAGAUCUCGCUUCGGCAUAAUUCCCCAGGAACCUGUUCUGUUUGAAGGAACAAUUCGAAGCAACAUUGAUCCGAUUGGGCAGUAUUCAGAUGCAGAAAUAUGGCAGGCUCUGGAGCGCUGUCAGCUGAAAGAUGUCGUGGUUUCAAAACCUGAAAAACUUGAUGCUCCAGUGGCUGAUAGCGGAGAGAACUGGAGCGUAGGCCAAAGACAGCUCCUUUGUCUUGGUCGUGUCAUUUUGAAGCAGACUCAAAUCUUAUUUAUGGAUGAGGCAACUGCUUCAGUCGACUCUCAAACCGAUGCCACAAUUCAGAAGAUCACGCGACAGGAAUUCUCAUCAUGCACAAUAAUUAGCAUCGCCCACAGAAUACCAACAGUCAUGGACUGUGAUAGAGUUUUGGUGCUGGAUGCAGGUCUGGUAAAAGAAUUUGAUGCGCCAUCAAGGUUGAUCGAACAGCCAUCCCUCUUCGGUGCGAUGGUUGAGGAGUAUGCUAAUCGCUCGUUGAACCUAUAGCUCCACCCAUGAUACUCCGGAUUUUAAGAAAUAAGAGUCAGGUUUGAUAGAUUGACUUGAGAGUAUAUAUGCAGAAUCCUGUGCAGAGAAUAAACCUUAGAAGUUUGACAGUAUUAGGAGUGAGCCACGGUGAACCCAAGAUCUCCUUGUCGUUUGUGGCUUUUUGUUACAAGCUCACAGAGGGGCAGAAAUAAGUUGAAAGUUAUCUUUUCAAGGUCUACAGAGACCACUUUUUUUUUAAA